CUGGGUAUGGGUAGUUUCACUUUGACCGUGAACGAGCAAAGUUCAAAGCGUGGAAAAAUAUGUUGAAGGGGCGUAUCGGUCUUAUAAUACAACAGUCUCAAAAAGCGGCACUCUUUGCUGCUAGUCAACAGCGUUGGCAGACAAAUGUGGCUACAGCUGAGGUCAGAGACGAUCCGGAAUGGCUUCAAGCCAAACCAUUCGAAGAGAUUCCCCGUGCCAAUAUGUUAUCUCUAUUCGCUAAAAUGGCAUUGCCUGGUGGAAAAUACAAGAAUAUGGAAUUGAUGGAAAUGUUUGACGCAAUGCGUCAGGAUUACGGAAGUGUAUUUUAUAUGGCCGGAAUGAUGGGAAGUCCUGCCUUUUUGAUGACGCACAAUCCCAAAGAUUUCGAGGUGAUAUUCCGGAAUGAAGGUGUGUGGCCAUUCCGGCCUGGCAGUGAUACGUUGCGAUAUCAUCGAACCGAAUACAGAAAAGACUUUUUCGAGGGAGUUCAAGGGCUUAUUCCUUCACAAGGUAAAUCCUGGGGAGACUUUCGAUCCCUCGUAAACCCCGUUCUUAUGCAGCCCAAGAAUGUUAGGUUGUACUUUAGAAAGAUGUCGCAGGUUAACCAGGAGUUUGUGCAGCGAAUUAAGGACCUAAGGGACUCCACCACUCAGGAGGUACCUGACGAUUUCAUAAACACCAUCAAUCGUUGGACCCUUGAGUCAGUGUCUGUUGUGGCCCUAGACAAACAGUUGGGGUUGCUUAAAGAGUCAGGAAAUAACAGCGAAGCCACCAAGCUUUUCAAGCACCUAGAUGACUUCUUCGUGCUCUCAGCCGAUCUGGAAAUGAAACCCUCUCUCUGGCGAUACAUCACAACUCCCCAGUUAAAGAAAAUGCUAGAAGCCAUGGAUGGUCUGCAGAACAUUACCUUGACUUUUGUGGACGAAGCGAUCGAGAGGUUAGAGAAGGAGGCCAAGGAAGGUGUAGUGCGUCCGGAGAAUGAGCAAAGCGUUCUGGAAAAACUACUUAAAGUUGACAAGAAAGUGGCCACCGUAAUGGCCAUGGACAUGCUGAUGGCCGGAGUGGAUACGACCUCAAGCACCUUUACGGGGCUUCUGCUGUGCCUCGCCAAGAAUCCCGAGAAGCAGGCCAAGCUGCGGGAAGAGGUGAUGAAGGUGCUGCCCAACAAGGACUCCGAGUUUACUGAGGCGUCUAUGAAGAACGUGCCCUAUCUGCGUGCCUGCAUUAAGGAAUCCCAGCGUAUCUAUCCUUUAACUAUUGGUAAUGCCCGUGGACUAACUAGGGAUUCUGUAAUAAGCGGCUAUAGGGUACCAGCCGGUACCUUUGUGUCCAUGAUUCCCAUAAGUUCUCUCCACAACGAAGAGUACUUCCCAAAAGCUAAAGAGUUUCUACCAGAGCGCUGGCUUAGGAACGCCAGCGAUUCCACCGGAAAAUGCCCUGCAAACGAUCUGAAGACCAAAAAUCCUUUCAUAUUCCUACCCUUCGGAUUUGGACCUCGCAUGUGCGUGGGCAAACGCAUCGUGGAAAUGGAACUGGAGCUGGGCAUUGCUAGAAUCCUGCGUAACUUCAAUGUGGAGUUCAAUCAUUCCACCAAGAAUGCUUUCCGCUCUGCUCUUAUCAACCUGCCCAAUAUACCACUCAAAUUUAAGUUCACCGAUUUGCCCAACUAGAAUGUAUUAUAAUUAUUUAUAGUUUUUGAAUUCCUGAAAAAUGUUAGAUGUCAGGCUUAAGAUUUUUAAAAGAAUACAUACAUAU